UCUUUGCUCUGCCUUUUCCAGCCAGCACUGACUGCCAAGAGGACCUGUGGCCACUGUCUCUUUCCUCUCUCCACCAACUCCUUUGUUCUCCUACUGUUUACCUCCUGACACCAUGGACCCCAACGCCAUCAAGGAGGAGCUGCGCCUGUUUCAGAGCACCCUGCUCCAGGACGGCCUGAAAGAGCUUUUGAAUGAGAACAAGUUUGUGGACUGUCACCUGAAGGUAGGCGAUCGUAGCUUUCCCUGCCAUCGGCUGAUCAUGGCUGCCUGCAGCCCUUACUUCAGGGAAAUUUUCUUUACUGAAGAUGGGAAGGAGGUGGAGAACACCAAAGAGGUGGUCCUUGAGGAUGUUAACCCUUCCAUCCUGGACAUGAUUAUUCAGUACCUCUACUCAGCUGAAAUUGAUCUCACCGAUGACAAUGUUCAGGAUAUAAUUGCUGUGGCAAACAGGUUCCAGAUCCCUUCUGUCUUCACUGUGUGUGUCAACUACCUUCAGAAGAAGCUGUCCUUGGGUAACUGCUUGGCCAUCUUUAGGAUGGGCCUGGUGCUCAGCUGUCCCAGGCUCGCCAUCGCAGCACGCAACUACAUUGCUGAACGCUUUGAACUCCUUUAUAAGGAAGAGGAAUUCCUAAAACUCGCAGCCCAUGAACUGUUUGCCAUUAUUGGUGGAGACUCGUUGAAUGUUGAGAGAGAGGAACUGGUUUUUGAAGCCGUCAUGGCCUGGGUCCGCCAUGACAGGGAGAAACGCCUCAAGGUCUUGAAGGAUGCUUUUAACUGUAUCCGGUUCCGCCUCCUGCCUGAGAAAUACUUCAAAGAGAGAGUGGAGACUGAAGAGAUGAUCAAAGCUGACCCAGAGCUUCAGAAGAUGAUUCAGGUCAUCAGGGAUGCUUUCAAGGGCAAACUGCCAGAGAAACCCAAGAAGAAUGAGGGCGAGGAGGGGGCCAGCAAGGAAGGAGGUGAAGAGGAGGACAGUCCAUUCCCUGGAUUCCUGAAUGAUAAUCGCAGACAAGGCAUGUAUGCUCGUGACUUCAUCCUGAUGAUCAAUGACACGGCAGCAGUGGGAUAUGACGUCAGUGAGAACGAGUGCUUCCUGGCAGCCAUGUCCGAGCAGGUGCCACGUAACCACGUUAGCCUGGUGACAAAGAAGAACCAGCUAUACAUCAUUGGAGGACUCUUUGUCGACGAGGAAAACAAGGAUGUUCCUCUGCAAUGUUAUGCAUAUUUGUUGGAUCCGUUCAGCUCAGACUGGAUCGCGCUGCCCCCAAUGCCUUCUCCAAGAUGUCUCUUGAAGAUGAGGUGGAGCGAGACCAAAAAGCUUCCCCUGAAGAUCCACGGCCAUGCAGUUGUCUCCCACAAAGGGCUGGUCUAUAGCAUUGGAGGAAAGACGGAUGACAACAAAGCCCUUAACAAGAUGUUUGUGUAUAACCACAAACAGUCAGAGUGGAGGGAGCAGGCAGCCAUGAAGACACCCAGAGCCAUGUUUGGAGCAGUUGUCCACAAUGGCAAGAUCAUAGUGGUUGGUGGAGUCAACGAGGAAGGCCUCACUGCCUCGUGUGAAGCCUAUGACUUUGCAACGAACAAGUGGGAGCCCUUCACAGAGUUUCCUCAGGAGAGAAGCUCGGUCAACCUAGUGAGCAAUGGUGGCUCGCUUUACGCUGUGGGUGGCUUUGCUAUGGUUCAGAUGGAGAACAAGGAGGUGACUCCCACAGAGGUCACUGAUGUCUGGCAGUAUGAGGAAGACAAGAAGCAGUGGAGCGGCAUGCUGAGGGAGAUGCGCUAUGCUGCUGGAUCCUCCUGUGUUUCUAUGCGCCUCAAUGCUGCAAAGAUGCCUAAACUGUAGACAGAAGCAGUUUCUUUUCUUUCUUACACAUCCCCACCAUUAACAUCUUCUGUCACCCUCUCCUCCUUAGGCGAGCUACCCCCUGGCCACCUAAUCCUCUCUACUCAGAUUUCUGUGCGUCGAGUUGAUCUUUGACAUUCAUUUUUUUCUGAACUAAGAUAAUUUUUAUCUCUACAAUAAAACACUUGCUUCUGGACUGCUCCAUCCCGACAGUGAAUAGAAGUCACAAUUUAGAGUGAUUUCUAUUCACUUUUCUAGCUUCCCUUUUGUAAAAUAAACAUUUGUAAACUUCA